GUGACAACCGCCCAGUCUCACACUGACCGCCCACCCCUCUCAUCGAUCACGCCUUACUGUUGGGUAUAAAAAGACCGUCGUGGGUAAAACCUCAAGGCCAGUUGGUCCAUCAACCUUGCUGGAGAUGGGAUACGAAGAGUGACAGAACCUCAAACUUUCUUCAGUCGUAUGGACCAUAUUCGGAGCUAUCAUCUCCGCAAGUGUGAAAUGAAUUUGACCAGGACUUACAUGUCUUCGAAGAUCUGAGAUGUCUGUGUCAACGUUUUUGUCUUAAACAUCGAGCUAUCAUUAUUUUUGACUACAAGUACAACUGUAUACAAGAGUCAGAAGGAGGAAAAAUCGUCACUGAAUGGAAACUGUUUAAAUUUGCCAUCUCUGUUGCUACAUUUGGACGAUUGUAAACAAGGCAUACUAACUAUUUGGAGUCAUGGAAAAUUCGAGACAAUUAGGCAGCUAUACCUGAUGCCCGACAAUUAACUGAGGCUGGUUGUUUCCAUGCGCAUGGAGAAAUCCUCUUGAAUUUUUGAAGCAGCUUAGGAUAGUUCCAACAGCGCCUGAGAUACAUUGACAGUGAUUAACGAAUAACUCUGAGGAUAAACGAGAAAUCAGAAGAGGGUCCACACAAACGACAUAAUCCAGGCAACGUGCUGCUGACUGCGUCUGCUCCCUCAACUGAUACCGUGUGACCACGGCUGACUCCGCUCAAGGUUCUCGCCUAGCACCGCUAUCCAUCACCCAAUACUCCCAGGACUUACCGCUUGUUAUUCUCACCAAUUUCAGUCUUUUUGCUCCGAUGCUUCGUUUGCGAGACCGACCCACCAGAAAGCAGGAAUCAUUCACGGACUUGAACAACAACAGCCAGGGCAAGAGUAUGAAAGAGGAGGUUUUGUGUUUGAAUUCCCCCUCGGACUUGACAGAAAUCGUGCUACAUAGUCCGGGGGCGAGCUGCAGUCGUACAACUCCGCAGCGGGGUAAAGCGUGCAAACGGCGAGGUGGGGGUUCUGGAGCGGGUGCCGGCGCAUCGGGCCGACGGGGUAGCGGCGCGAGAGCCCCCAUCAAACCCAUGCAACGGAACGCGGCGAACGCCAGGGAGCGGUCCCGCAUGAGAGUGCUGAGUAAGGCCUUCGGCCGGCUGAAGACCAGCUUGCCAUGGGUUCCCCCUGACACAAAACUGUCCAAGUUGGACACAUUGAGACUCGCAUCCAGUUAUAUUUCCCACCUUAGAAAAAUACUGGACGGCGAUACAUUGGAUGGCACGAUGGUCCACCCCUUAAAUUUGACAUGGCCAUUUGCAAUCAGCUCGCGACCAAUCACCACGGAUGAUGCGUCUGAAGAAUGUGACAAGGAGAUGCGAUCGGAUACAACCAGUGACGUCAUGUCAGAGUCGCCAUGAUGGGCCGAGUGACAUGGACUAGUCGGUGAACUGUGAUAACCGACAACAUAUCCAAAACUGAACUUGUGGAAUUCUUUGAUCCGUGAUCUGAUGAACACACAUACAUGAGCUGGCAUGCGUACGUUGUAAACGUACCGGUUUCUGGUAUGGCGCUUGUCUCAUUGAGGCAAGCUUUACUUUCUUUUUCUUCAAAUGUCGGCGGAUGUUGCAGAUGACGCUUCGAU